AUGGCUGGUUUAGAUUUAGGCACUGCUUCUCGUUACAUUCAUCAUCAGCUCCACCUCUCUGACUUGCAACUCCACAGUAGUCAACCGGAAAACAACCAACACCACCAGCUCUUCUCCGACGGUGCCCUACACAACCAUCAGCAUCAAGAGGAGGAGGAUCAGGGUCAUGACUUGGUCUCCCCGAACUCAGGUGAUGGCGGUGGUGGAUCAGGUGACAUCGUUGGAAGACGACCUAGAGGUCGUCCUGCCGGAUCCAAAAACAAACCAAAACCUCCUGUCAUCAUCACAAGAGAAAGCGCCAACACACUAAGAGCUCAUAUCUUGGAGAUCGGAAAUGGUUGUGAUGUCUUUGACUGCAUAGCAACUUAUGCAAGACGACGGCAGCGAGGGAUCUGCAUACUAUCCGGAAGCGGCAUCGUCACCAAUGUAAGCCUCAGGCAACCAGCCGCAGCGGGGUCUGUGGUGGCUCUCCAUGGUCGGUUUGAGAUCCUUUCCCUCUCUGGUUCUUUCUUGCCUCCGCCAGCCCCACCAGGAGCCACCAGCUUGACCAUAUUUUUGGCUGGCGGGCAAGGGCAGGUAGUUGGUGGGAACGUGGUGGGGGAGUUGACCGCUGCUGGUCCGGUCAUCGUUAUCGCUUCCUCCUUCACUAAUGUUGCCUACGAGAGACUCCCACUAGAAGAAGAGGACCCCGAAGGUGGUGGGCUUCAGAUGCAACAACCGACAUCUCAAACAGAUGGUGGCGGCGGAGGAGGGAUAAAUAGCAACAACCCGUUUCCCGACCCAUCUUCCGGGCUACCAUUCUUCAACUUACCACUCAGUAUGCCACCAAAUGUUCAAUUACCGGUGGAUGGAUGGGCAGCAGGCGGAGGAGGAGGAGGUAACUCAGCUGGACGUUCUAAUAACAACAAUCCAUUCUAA